GAUCAUGGCGACGUCGAAUCUGCUAAAGAAUAAAGGUGCACUUCAGUUUGAAGACAAAUGGGAUUUCAUGCGCCCUAUUGUUCUGAAGCUUUUACGCCAGGAAUCCGUCACCAAGCAGCAGUGGUUCGAUCUGUUUUCGGAUGUGCAUGCAGUUUGUUUAUGGGACGAUAAAGGCCCAGCAAAAAUACACCAGGCUCUAAAAGAAGACAUCCUUGAUUUUAUUAAACAAGCACAAGCAAGGGUGCUGAGCCACCAAGAUGAUACCGCGUUACUGAAAGCCUAUAUUGUAGAAUGGCGGAAAUUCUUCACGCAGUGUGAUAUCUUGCCCAAGCCAUUUUGCCAGCUAGAGAUUACUCUUAUGGGCAAACAGGGCAGCAAUAAGAAGUCCAAUGUAGAAGACAGUAUUGUUCGAAAGCUCAUGUUAGAUACGUGGAACGAGUCUAUAUUUUCAAAUAUAAAGACUCGCCUUCAGGACAGUGCCAUGAAGCUGGUACAUGCUGAACGGCUGGGGGAAGCAUUUGACUCUCAACUGGUCAUUGGUGUUAGAGAAUCUUAUGUUAAUCUAUGUUCUAAUCCUGAAGAUAAGCUCCAGAUCUAUCGGGAUAACUUUGAAAAAGCUUAUCUUGAUUCGACGGAGAGAUUUUACAGGACUCAGGCCCCUUCGUAUUUGCAACAAAAUGGUGUACAGAACUAUAUGAAAUAUGCAGAUGCUAAAUUAAAGGAAGAAGAAAAAAGAGCACUGCGAUAUUUAGAAACCAGACGUGAAUGUAACUCCGUAGAAGCGCUUAUGGAAUGCUGUGUGAAUGCUCUGGUGACAUCUUUUAAAGAGACCAUUUUAGCUGAAUGCCAAGGCAUGAUCAAACGAAAUGAAACAGAAAAAUUGCAUUUAAUGUUCUCAUUGAUGGAUAAAGUUCCUAACGGAAUAGAGCCUAUGUUAAAAGAUUUGGAAGAGCAUAUUGUUAGUGCUGGAUUAGCAGAUAUGGUAGCAGCUGCUGAAACUAUUACUACUGAUUCCGAGAAGUAUGUAGAACAAUUGCUCACAUUAUUUAAUCGAUUUAGCAAGCUGGUAAAAGAAGCUUUUCAAGAUGAUCCACGAUUUCUUACUGCCAGAGAUAAGGCAUAUAAAGCUGUUGUAAAUGAUGCUACAAUCUUUAAACUUGAAUUACCGUUGAAACAAAAGGGGGUUGGGUUGAAAACGCAGCCAGAGUCUAAGUGCCCAGAGCUACUCGCUAAUUACUGUGACAUGUUGCUAAGAAAAACACCGCUAAGCAAAAAACUGACCUCUGAAGAAAUUGAAGCAAAGCUGAAAGAAGUGCUCUUGGUGCUUAAGUAUGUACAGAACAAAGAUGUUUUCAUGAGGUACCACAAAGCUCAUUUAACGAGGCGUCUUAUAUUGGAUAUAUCAGCAGAUAGUGAAAUAGAAGAGAAUAUGGUGGAAUGGCUGAGAGAAGUAGGAAUGCCAGCAGACUAUGUGAAUAAACUGGCAAGAAUGUUCCAAGAUAUCAAAGUAUCUGAAGAUUUGAACCAGGCCUUCAAAGAAAUGCACAAAAAUAAUAAAUUGGCCUUACCAGCCGAUUCUGUGAAUAUAAAAAUUUUGAAUGCCGGGGCUUGGUCCAGAAGUUCUGAAAAAGUAUUUGUAUCACUGCCAACAGAGCUCGAAGAUCUCAUCCCUGAGGUAGAAGAGUUCUAUAAAAAGAACCACAGCGGCAGGAAGCUUCACUGGCAUCACCUGAUGUCCAACGGAAUUAUAACUUUUAAGAAUGAAGUUGGCCAGUAUGACUUGGAGGUGACAACAUUUCAGCUGGCUGUGCUUUUUGCGUGGAACCAAAGACCCCGAGAGAAGAUCAGCUUUGAAAAUCUUAAACUGGCGACAGAACUCCCGGAUGCUGAGCUUAGGAGAACUUUAUGGUCUCUUGUAGCAUUUCCAAAGUUGAAACGUCAGGUUUUGUUAUAUGAACCUCAAGUCAAUUCACCCAAAGACUUCACAGAAGGAACUCUCUUCUCAGUGAACCAAGAGUUCAGUUUAAUAAAAAAUGCUAAAGUUCAAAAAAGAGGUAAGAUAAACCUAAUUGGUAGACUGCAACUAACUACAGAGAGAAUGAGAGAAGAGGAAAAUGAAGGGAUAGUUCAGCUAAGAAUAUUACGAACCCAGGAGGCUAUCAUCCAAAUAAUGAAAAUGAGGAAGAAAAUUACUAACGCUCAGCUUCAGACUGAACUGGUAGAGAUAUUAAAAAACAUGUUCUUGCCGCAGAAGAAGAUGAUAAAAGAGCAAAUUGAAUGGCUUAUAGAACACAAAUAUAUCAGGAGAGACGAAUCGGAUAUCAACACUUUUAUAUACAUGGCAUAGCGUGGAGGCUCGCUGGAAGAUGCCAAGAGAAAAGUGCAUUGAAGGUGGCUUGGGCAGACAACUACCGGAAAAGGGACUGAGCGGGAGAAGGACUUGGUUUGACUUGCAUUACAUAUUCAGAUCCCUGCCUUGCCUUACCAGAAAAGAACUUUUGUUUUGCCAACCUUUUUCAGCUAGCAUGAUGGCAUUCCCUUCAUGUUGCACACAUUUUUUUAACAGCAU